AUGACCUGCAGCUUUUCCUACAGUGCGAUAGGGCAGACGGACUCUCCCUCUUCGAUCUCACCUCUGGUGCCUCUCCUGCCCCCUACUGAUGCUGACAGCACUGUUCGCUCACAGUGGGCCACGCGCGAUGCUGCUGCCCGUCUUGCUGUGCGUCGCCACUUACGGACCGCUGAGCGUGCGCUCUUUAGUCAGUACAAGAAUGCUAAGACCUUGUACGAUGCUGUAGUUGCACGCUACUCUUCCCCUGCCACUGCUGCUCUUAGCCGCCUCAUACUGCCGUACCUGUUUCCCGACCUCGCCGCCUUUCCCACAGUCGCUGACCUCGGGUGCUCCCCCUCCCCCCUUUUGCCCUUUGUUGCCUCUGCUACUGCCGUCGACUUCGUUGGCACCGACUCGGUCGGCGCUGCGUCUGCCCUAGCGGGCGACGCCGCACCGGCAAAGGCAAGGGGGGCAAGGGCGCUGGAGGGGCUGGCGGGGGCGGUGGAGGUGGAGGUGGAGGAGGCGGAGGGAGUGGGGGUGGUGGUGGGAGUGGUGGCGGGGGUGGGGCCUUCGGUGGCGGCGGUGGCGGCGGAGGCGGCGGCGGCGGUGGCGGUGGGAGCGGAGGAGGAGACAAUGGCGGCGGUGGCGGAGGUGGCGGCGGAGGAGGUGGAGCUAGUCGGGGUGGCUCUGCUCAGCGGGGCGGCUCAGGUGGGGAUCGGCGCCAGCAGCAGCAGCGCAAUCGUGAGACCCCGUCCCCCCAGCAGCUUCGUGAGUGGUACGCUGGGCGUCAGCGAGGCUGCUGCUCUAGGUGCUGGUGAGGCUGCUACUCUAGGUGCUAGUGCGUCUGCUGCCUCAAGUGCUGGUGAGUCUGCUCUCUCAGACCGCACCACGCUUACGCCGCUCAGACGGCCGGUUGCGGUCUCCCUGGCGGACCCCUCUGGGGGUCCUGUCCUUGCUAGCUUCUCCACUGUCUUACCGUGUCCGGCAGCCCCCUCUGGCACCCUGACAGGUCUCUACCUCCCCUCGUUCUCUACGAACUUGGUGAGUGGUGCUGAUCUACAGGAUUGGGGGGUUGACCAACUCUCCUUUGGCACCACCCGCCUUGGUCACCCCUCCCUGCCUAGACUCCGAGGCAUGGCCUCCCGUGUCCUUGUCUCUGGUCUCCCCCGGUCCCUCCCUCCCCUCCCUCCGGGGCCUGCACCUACCUGCGUUCCCUGCGUCGAGGGGCGGCAGCGCGCCGCCCCUCAAUCCUCCGAGUUUCCUCCAACAGAGGCUCCCUUGCAGACUCUUCAUAUGGACGUGUGGGGCCCCGCCCGCGUCCGUGGCCAGGGUCACGAGCGUUACUUCCUAUUGGUGGUUGACGACUACUCGCGUUACACCACGGUGUUCCCCUUGCGCAACAAGGGUGACGUCACUGAGGUGUUGAUCGACUGGAUCCGCGCAGCUCGUCUCUAG